GCUGUGUGAGCGCCCGCCAUGCCCCACCAGAAGAGUCUACCGUGGCCCACCGGAAGCGUCUACCAUGGCCCACCAGAAGCGUGAGAGCGCGGGGAGCAGCAUGUUGGACCACAGGGCAAGGCCGGGUCCUGUCCCCCACCACCAGGAGCCCGAGAGCGAGGACGUGGAGCUGCCCUUGGAGGGCUAUGUGCCCGAGGGCCUGGAGCUGGUCGCCCUGCGGCCAGAGAGCCCCACGCCCAAGGAGCAGGAGUGCCACAACCACAGCCCCGAUGGGGACUCCAGUUCCGACUACGUGAACAACACCUCUGAGGAGGACGACUAUGACGAGGGCCUCCCUGAGGAGGAGGAGGGCAUCCCCUGCCACAUCCGCUACUGCCCCGAGGACGAAAGCUACCUGGAGGGCAUGGACUGCAACGGGGAGGAGUACCUGGCCCACGGCGCGCAUCCUAUGGACACUGACGGGUGCCAGGAUGCAGUGGACUGGACGGCCUGGGCGGGCCUGCAGCCCCAUGGUCACGGGGCUAAAGGCAGCCAGGACUACCCUGAUGGCCAACUGCCCAACACGGAGGAUGUGUCCUCCGUCCUGGAGGCCCACGACCAGGAAGAAGACGGUCACUACUGUCCCAGCAAAGAGGGCUACCAGGACUACUACCCUGCGGAGGCUAACGGGAACACCGGCGCUUCUGCCUACCCCCUGAGGUGCGGGGACGGGGACCUGGAGGACCAGGAGGACCAGGAGGACCAGGAGGAGGACAUCGACCAGAUCGUGGCAGAGAUCAAGAUAAGCCUGAGCAUGACCAGCAUCACCAGCACCAGUGAGGCCAGCCCUGAGCAUGGGCCUGAGCCAGGGCCUGCAGACUCUGCAGAGGCCUGCCCACCCAUCAAGGCCAGCUGCAGCCCCAGCAGGCAAGAGGCGAGGCCCAAGUCGCUGAACCUCCUUCCCGAGGCCAAGCACCCCGGAGACCCCCAGAGAGGCUUCAAGCCCAAGACCAGGACCCCAGAAGAGAGGCUGAAGUGGCCUCACGAGCAGGUAGGACUCUGGCUGUCCCGGGGAAGGGAGCAGAGGGGCCCUAGAGCAAGGGACCUCAGGGUACAGGCCUCGCAGAUGCUGAAGCGAGGCGGUGGGGGGUGCUGGGUGCCUUAUAGUUCUAAUGGUGGCUGAGCUCUUCAUUGGUCCAGUUGGGAGAC